AUGUCAGGUCGUGGUAAAGGAGGUAAAGGACUUGGAAAAGGAGGCGCCAAGCGUCAUCGUAAAAUCUUACGAGACAACAUCCAGGGAAUCACAAAGCCCGCCAUUCGUCGUCUUGCUCGUCGUGGUGGUGUGAAACGUAUCUCUGGUUUGAUCUAUGAAGAAACUCGCGGUGUUCUCAAAGUUUUCCUCGAGAAUGUGAUCCGUGAUGCCGUCACCUACACUGAGCACGCCAAGAGAAAGACUGUCACUGCCAUGGAUGUUGUCUAUGCCUUGAAACGACAAGGACGAACCCUCUACGGCUUCGGUGGUUAG